GGAGUAACUUUCUGUACUCUUUUAGCUGGCAAUGUUGGUGUCUUCUUUCACUGUCCAUUUUACUUUUCAUCUUCCCUGUUUCUAAACAAGAAGAAGAAGAAGAAGAAGAAGAAGAAGAGAGUUGUUGCUUAAUGUAUUAUUACAAAGAGGGUGGUGAUAUUCCUGUGCCAACAAUUACACCUUAUGGUUCUUAUGAGGAUGCUAAGAAUAGGAAACAUAGAACACAAGUUAUUGCUGCAGCUGGUGCUGGUGCUGCUCUUUUUGUUGCCAUGGCACUCACAAUUGUUUACUUGUGCUUAAUGCAUGCAAAAAGAUCAGCAAGAAGAACCUCUGCUGCAACUGCUUCAUCAUCCCAGCACUGUGAGGAAACAAGCAUGAGAAAACAGAGAUCAUUUACAUUCAAGGAAUUGGAGCAAGCCACAGCCAGUUUCAAUCAGAAAAACAUUGUUGGCCAAGGUGGUUUUGGCACAGUUUACAAAGGUUUGCUUCAGAAUGGAUCUCUUGUUGCCAUUAAGAGAAGAUUUCAUCAACCAAGCCAGCAUUUUCUUCAGCAAGCAAUGAACAUUGGCAACAUCCAGCACAAACACAUUGUUAAACUUAGAGGCUACUGCCAAGAAACUCAUCAGCAAAUGCUAGUUUAUGACUACUUCCCCAACAGCAAUGUUGGAUUCCAUCUGUAUGAUGCUGAAGGUUUACCUCUUGGAAAGCUUGGCAUACAGCAAAGAUUAUCAAUAGCUCUGGAUGCAGCCAAAGGGUUGCAGUUUUUACAUGCGCUGGCACCACCUGUCUUGCACAUGAACUUCAAAACAAGCAAUGUUCUGGUGGAUGAAAGCUUUAUUGCAAAGGUGGCAGACUUUGGUCUGUCCAAAUUCAUUGAAAGGAGAUCAACAACCACUAAUUGGUUUCUUGACCCACAGUUGAAGAGGGGUGAUGUGUUUUCAGAGAAAAGUGAUGUAUAUGGGUUUGGUGUCUUCUUGUUAGAGCUCAUAACAGGAUAUAGAGUAACAAACAGGAAUCCUGCAUGGAAUGGGUUGAAUCUGAUAGAACAGGCAAGGAGCGUAAGUGACCCCAGUGUUUUAUGUCUCCAUGAUGAGAGAAUUAAGGCUAGUCCAGUUGCUGCCAAACAGGCAUGGUCAGUGAUGAAACUGGCGAUGCAAUGUGUGGAUGCCGGUGCAAGAAGACCGACAAUGUCCAUGGUGGUUCAAGAGCUCAAGCAGAUUGUGCAAUGCCCGGUGAUCAGCAAUGUGGCUCUAGGCAGUCACCUGUUCAAGCGAAAUGCAUGAUUUGUGUAAAU